AUGGAUAGAAUAGAAUUUUCUAUGUUUCGAAGCUUAGGGGGUUCUUCGAUUCCCAAAGUUACAUCUAGAGCUGCCUUUCAUCAACAUCAUAUUUCAAGCGGAAUUAUUCAAUUAAUUAUAGAAGCCUAUACAGAAGAAAUUUUUAGAGAAAUGGAAUCUUAUCCUGAACUUCAAUUAACAGAAAUACAGUAUGCUGUGUUACGACAAAAAAUGCGUUCUUUGUAUGACCAUAUACGUCACCAUCCAGCCCUAGAUCAAAGAUAUUUAUGGGUUGGCAAAGGACGACCUAAUAUAGAUCCAGAUAUUGGAACUUCUUUACAUCCAUCGAGACAGAGUCGAGGCAGCUCUAAGCGUAAAAGAUAUUUAAUUGAAGAUACGCCUGAACAAAUCCAUGAAAGAAAUCAAAGUUAUGAAUCAACAACUACAGUCCAGAAAAAGGCAAAAUUAAGUUUUCCAUCAGAAGAGAUCUGCAAAACGAAUCGCUUGUGGGAGCAAAUCAACAAUACUCAUGAUUUCUACGACAAUGAAGUUGAAGUUAUUCAAGAUAGUGUACAGCAAUAUGUUUUUUCUUACAGAUGUGUAGCUGAAACUGGACCUUGCAUUGGAAUAUCACCAUUAUAUGACAGUGAAUGUACAGAAAGAUAUGGAUGGAUGUAUAUGUAUUACAGAAGAGUUGAUGAUCCUUUUCGAACUCCUCAGUGGGGAUUCGUAGCAGCUCCCCACCAUUGUGCUUGUAAAAUAACUCCGAAAUACAUUCCGGAUUCUUGACUGAACAGUUACUUUAUAAUACACUGACUUCCAUCGUCAAAAUGCGCCAACCAUUCCGCCUACUGAUUCAAGGACUAUGAAAAAAAAAACAUGUAUGAAAAUAUACAUUUAAGGUAAAUUUUUGUGUGACAUGUUGAAAGAUAAGCAUGACUUCUUAGUAAACAAAAAAUUUACACAUUAAAUUGAGUUUUAAAAAUAUAAUUAACAGUUUUACAUGGACUUAAUAUUGGAAAUAUAUCAAGAGAUAUAUUAUGCCAUGUUUUGUCACAUUUUUUAUCUUAUUAUAAUUAUUCAAAAUCAUAGCCUGUUGAUUAACAUAUUUAAAUAGUUGUAAUUAUAAAUAUUUAAAUAGUUGUAAUUCGUUAGGAUUUUGAAAAAUGAAAAUUUCCUGAUGAGCUAAAGAUCUCAUUAACCAUUGGAUAAGCAGCGAUGUGUUCUAUAGAGCUUUCUUACAAUCUGCAUGUUUCAAUCAAGAAUACUUAAAGAUCUUAUACUUCAAAAUGAUAGGGGCUUGAAACAAUUUGGGGAUAUUGAAGUUUUGUGUGAUACUAGAAAUCUGCAUCAAAAGCAUAUGAAAAAAACAUAGAAUACUCUUAAAAUAUUUUUUUAGAUAAUAUUUAUAUCAUGUAGGUUAAAACAGGAAAUUAAUUGUACAGUAAUGAACAAUUUUACAGAGUUCAGUUUCAUUGAAAAGGAAAUAAAUAGCAAAUACUCAGGGCAUGUAAUUAACUAUUUAGGUAUAAAAUGAAUUGGAUUAAAAAUUCAGGUAUAAAAACAGUAAUCUAACUACAUUUCAUUCCUGUUAUUGUUAAUCGUAUAAAAUUUCAACACUAUUUGAAGAGGGAAUAAUAAAAAAAAAUUACUGAAAACUGCUGAAUAUUACAGAUGUUUAAAGUUCUAUUAUAAAACACCUAGAAUUUAGUUUUCCUUGGUGUAUCAAUUUGUCUAAGUAGACCCUGAAAUAGUCAGCCACAUAACUAUUCUGUUAGUUCCAGAAAAAAAAAGCACUUCACAACAGAGUUAGACAGAAUGUAAGUUUAGAAAUGAUAUUAUUUACUGGUAUUAUGGGUUAAAUUUAAAUCUGAAAGAUAAUGACGAUUCAAUAUGUUAAGAUGCUUGCAUGACAAACGCCAGCUCAUUACUGCUUUCAAGCAUAAAUUAUGUAUUUCAAUGAGUACUAGACAUGUUCUACGUGAUAAUACAAAAGAUAAUCAUGCAGGAAUAGGAAAAGACCCCUUUCUAAAUAACAAGACAUUUUUUGGACAAAUAUUAAAAUUUUUAGAUGUUAAAAUUAUCAUAUUACCUAUACUGCAAUUAUAAAAAUGAAUAUCAACCAUGAAAAGCAGAUUCAAACAGCUAUAGUUGAAACAUCAGAGCAAGUAGUAUUAGUCGGAAGGUAUCUAGCAGGAGAAUUUUAUAUCAUUCGCUUAAAAUCUCCUGAUUAUCAAAUAAAAAAAUUAACCAAAUUUCUUAUGAUAGAGUUUGCUCAUCUACAAACUUUUCUUAGUUGAUUCAUUUUUCCAAUUUCUUAGCACCAUUUCUCAAGCCUAGUUUUCAUAGAGUUCCUUAGUAUAUGAAGUUAUAGGUCUAUAUAUGGCUCUUAAACUUUUUUUUUUUUGAAUUUAUACAAAAAAUUAUAAACUUAUUAUGGUGCAUCUCAAUACAUAUCUCAUAACAUAGACAUUAUAUAUAUAUAUAUCAAAAGACUUAAGAUAUA